GGUUCACCUCUGCUUGGCUCAGAGAUGUCGGAGACGGGUACCGGUGCUCUAGCGCUGGAGCCAUUUCGUGUAGGCCAGUGUCCAGCAGCUGCCUAUUAUAUCCCAGAUUUCAUCACUGAGACGGAAGAAGUACGUCUUUUGCAACAGGUUUACGGAGCCCCCAAGCCAAAGUGGACUCAGCUAUCUGGGAGGAGGCUACAGAACUGGGGAGGCCUGCCCCAUCCGAAGGGGAUGGUUCCAGAGAAGCUGCCCCCGUGGCUUCAGACUUACACUGACAAAGUGUCCUCCCUCGGCGUCUUUGGAGGGAAGCUGGCAAAUCAUGUCUUGGUGAAUGAGUACCGCCCUGGCGAGGGGAUCAUGCCUCACGAGGACGGCCCGCUGUACUUCCCCACGGUCACCACCAUCAAUUUAGGGUCUCACACCCUUCUGGAUUUCUACCAUCCUGUCAGCAGAGGGCAGCAAACGGAAGGCGAACAGGGGCCCGCCCCCCAGUUGGAGGAGGAGCGCCACUUCGUGUCCCUGAUCUUGAAGCCCCGCAGCCUCUUGGUCUUGCGGGAAGACAUGUACUUGCGUUACCUGCACGGAAUCCGCUUCGUCACGGAAGACACCGUUACAGAGAAAGUGGCCAAUUUGGACGUGUGCAGCUGUGAGCUCAGGGACAUGUUGUGCCGGGGAACGCGGGUGUCGCUCACCAUCCGCCACGUCCCCAAAGUGCUGAAAAUGUCCGUUGUGCUGGGCAGGAGGAAGUAA